AUGGGCGAAAAGAAUGAGAAUAAACUUUAUUGUCCGAAAUUGCUGAUAGUCAUUGUGUUUGUUUUCGUGAAUCUGAAUAAUAAAACAUCACGAGAGAAACGGCCAGGUGUUGAUUCCGUAAAAGCAAGACGUCGGCACCAGCGCACCAAAUUCCGUGAGGUGAUGAAGCGCCGGGAAGAAAGAAAAGCACAAGCAGAGAAGCCGUCAUUCGUUGCGCUCGCAGUAGCCAAUAUAUUUGACAAAGAUGCAGGCAUCGAAAAACCACCACAUUCAAAAUUUAAACAUAAACGAGUGAUAGUGACGCGUUAUCCAGUCUUUCAAAAAGUACGCAAGAAAAAACCAAAAGAGAGCACAUUUUUUAUGGUAAGUACCUGCCACAUUUCCAUUUAA